AAUUUGCAUAUAAUCAUGAAUUGUUUGAUCAAGACUGAAGGGUUUUAUCAAUGGCCGUGCCAUAGCCCAUAGAUAUAAUAAUGCUUACCAAUUUCAACGCGACCAAACAAAUGUAUCUAGAAUUUCAUUCAGAAAUGUUUUUUAACUAUUGGUUUACCCCAAUAAUCGGAUAGGGUGACAUGUGGGAUGUGUAUCUAUGAAUGCCCACUUUCUCAGCCUUCACAAUCGGCAUUUCUUUGAUCUGGUAAUAAUGACUUCCAUGUAUCCAUAAAAACCUUCAACUUUUAUGCAAUAAAGGGAGAGAGGAGAAGCUUUAACAAAGUAAGUCUAAAUUCGAUUAAAAAUCACCACCAACGAGGGAAGCCUUUACAGAUUAAUUAUUGGGUUAACAUGAAUGAACAAGCUAAGAACGAUGCCAUGAAUGUAAGAAGUUCCAUCGAAAGAAAGGUGGAAACUGUGGAUUAUCGAUCUUCUGCAGGGCAAGGGAAAGAAGAGAGGAAUGUACAGGUUGUUCAUCAGCCUCAUUCCAAAACCAGUGGUGGUGUUCUUACUGGUGCUGCUGAUGCCGUUGCCUCCACUCUACAAUCUGCCAAAGAUGCGAUUUCAAAAAAAUAAUGUAAAUUAGGAUCCUCAAUUUGUUCUGCAAAGGACAGACAUGAAUAUAGUGCCAAUGAUGUAUUAAUUUUGUAUCAAUUGAUUAUUGAUUGAUUGUAAAUAAAUAAAUAAAUAAAAGUGUUU